UGCUUCUUUCUCCCAUUUGAAACAGAACCGUUAGCUGUUACCCUGUUAAAAAAAAAAACAGAACCGGUUAGGGUUUCCAUACGGCGGGAACGCGAAAGUGGAAUGAGUAUCAGGGUAUGGUAGAGUAUACAACGCUUGUACAUAGGCAUACAGAGAGAGAGAGAGAGAUGGCGAACAAGCUCCUCAGUGAGAUGGGUCUGCCCAAAUCAAUUGCCAACGUUUUCGCAGCUCGUAACUUAUUGACAGCUAAGGAUGUGUUAUCAUUAACUGAAUUCGAGUUGAUGGAGGUGUUAGAUGUGGGGCUUGCAGAAGUUACAUCUGCAGUAGCGCAAGUCAGUGAAAUUGCAUGUCCACCUUAUCAAACUGUAUUAUUCUUACUGGAGCAGCGGAUCAAAAAUGAAUUCUAUUCUGGCCAUCUCCCCACACGUCUAAAAGGAUUGGACGAGGUCUUAUGUGGUGGCAUACCUUUUGGCGUUUUGACAGAGUUGGUCGGUCCUGCCGGAAUUGGCAAAACACAGUUCUGCAUGAAGCUUUCAUUACUGGCUUCCUUGCCUGCUAAGUUUGGCGGUUUGGAUGGCCGUGUAAUUUAUGUCGAUGUGGAAUCCAAAUUUAGUUCAAGAAGGUUGAUAGAAAUCGGAGUCAAUAGUUUCCCAGAACUAUUUCACAUGGAAGGAAUGGCACAGGAGAUGGCUGGUAGGAUCCUAGUUUUGAAGCCGGCAUCACUGGCUGAAUUUACUGAGAGCUUGCAGCAGAUCAAGGUUUCACUUCUCCAGCAUGAAGUGAAGUUGCUUGUCAUUGAUAGCAUGACAGCUCUUGUCUCAGGGGAAUUCGAGCAAGGACCUCCUAAACAACAUCUAUUGGGUUGGCAUAUUUCGUUCAUCAAGUCACUUGCAGAAUUUUCUCAAAUUCCUGUAGUGGUUACAAACCAAGUUAGAUCUCAAAGCCGUAAUGAAGUCUCCCAGUAUUGUUUCCAAGCUCAAAGCAGGGAUGACAUUCUAGAGGGUCCUGCGACAUUCGAUUCUCAUCUUGUUCCUGCUUUAGGGAUUCAUUGGGCUCAUGCUGUCACUAUACGUCUUGUGCUUGAAGCUAAAUCAGGUGAGAGGUUUAUGAAGGUGGCAAAAUCUCCAAUUUCUCCCCCUCUGGUAUUCCCUUUCAACAUAACUUCAUCCGGUAUUUCAUUGCUGACUGAUGCUGGAGUAGAAAUGACAGGGCCACAAAUAAACACAAUACGAAAUCAAGGCAACAAUGACAUCAUUAAUCUCCACGGUGAAAGGUCAUGAUUAUCGAUCAGCUUGGCAAGAUGUAGGUAUGUGAAAGACUCUUCUAAAGUUCUAUACAUAUGGUUCCACUGUGAAUUUCUACUUGAAUUUGUGAGGAAACAAUUGUUGUUAAUUGACUUAUACUGGGGAGUUCCAUCUGGAGCCACGCUCGAGUAUUUUGUGCUUUGUUUGAUUUGUGAUUUAAGUAGUGUUUUUGGAUAAUGAGUAGAGAGAGAAAUGAGAGUAAUGAUUGAAGAGAGAGGUAAAAAGUGGAGAGAGAUAGAGUGAGAAAUGAGAGUAAUGAUUGAAAGGUUAAAGAGAGUAAUGAUUGAAUUGAGAAAUACUUUUUGAGUAGAGUAGUGAAGUGAACAAGACAGGUUUCUUAUCGGUUGACCCCAAAACAUUAUUAACAAGCUUGAAAAUAUGUUGUAGUUUGGGUUGUUUGUGAGACGGGACGAUCUCAAACGAGUUUUGAACGAGUCAAACACAAAUCGAGUUCGAAUAGUCCAGUUCCUUUUACAGACCUAAGCUAUCGGUAAAUGGGCAGCUUGCGUCUGUCAAUGCAACACAAAUGAUACUGAGCAUAUGAUGAUGCCCUUGAACUUUUGGAAGCUACAGAUUUUUAGAUAUAAGGUGGAGUCUAGCUCACGUGGUAAAAAGAGUGUUAAUGAGGUUGAGUUUCCAAAAACAGCCAACUUGGCUCCUUAUAUUUUUGUCUUUAUUCAAUUUGUUCUCGAAAUUUUGUGGAUUAUUGUUUUGUCUCGACGAGAGGGGUUGUAGAAGUAAAAAAUUAUGACUGAGACCCAAUAUUAAGCAAGAUUUUGCAAAACUUACAAACAUGAAAAGAAAUUGAAUAAAGACCAAAAAGAAAAGAAAAAAAA